UGGCCUCUUUAUUCUAGAGCUCUAGACAUUUCCCACCCACAAGGUGUUUGAUGAAAUGUCUGAACCAAGUAGAGCUUGCUCUAAACUUACCUUACACAAAGACCAUUGUGUUAAGGGAGUUUAAAUAGUUAAUAGACUCAUCCCCAAUGAUUGCUUAGAUCUUUUAGGCUCAAAGACCUUUGAUGUCUAGUUGAUUAAAGCAAAUGAGCAUUCUUCUUGACCAUAGAGUUUGCUUAUUUCAGUGUUCUAGACUUAAGGAAGUUAUUUGAUUGAAAGUUUGCCACCCUUAGCUUGGAUCUUAAUCACUUAAAGUCAAAUGCCUAGCCCCAUGAGUCCUAUUGUCCUAGAUUGAUUGAAAGCUUGUUCCUUUAUUGCAUUUUAGCAUAGUUCUAGUUCACAUCAUCAUUCAAAUCCUGUUUGCACUUAGAUUAAGCAUAGAUUUGUAUUCUCAGUGCAUUGAAAUCACAUAGGAUUGGUUCGACAUCUCAUAUGCUACAACAUUUGGUUAGGGACUCUUCAAAAGUCCUGUUAUCACAAUACCCAGUGUCUAUAAAAUCAUCAGAGUCUUUGUCUCUAUGGAUCCCAUAAGUUCAAGUCUAAAGUAAAAAGAAUUAAUAAGAGAUAUGGAAAAUUCCAAAGACGAGACGAUUGGUGUAGUGUUGCGAUGUUUUAUUGUAGGAGCCAUAUUAAUCCUUAUUUUGGCAGUCUCCUCAAGAUGUUAUAAGGCCAUACGACGCGCUCGAAAGGCGUCCAAGAAAACCUCCUCAAGACCUGCGUCCAGGACGACCACUCAAGAAUCUAUUCUUGUGGUGUCCAAUGAGCCCGAGUCAAGACCUCCUCUGUACGAGAAUUUAAUUCAAGAAGAUGGACGUGGUCCUAUGCUAGAAACUAGAUAUGAGGAAAUGGUAGCAAAAAACAAACUGAGCCCUAUGAUGUCGAUGGAUUCUUCGCCUAUUAUGGAAUCGUGUCCGACUAAUAUAGGUGGUGGUGGACCAAAAAACCACGCAUACGCCGUGGUAGAGUUCGUUUUUGGAGGACCGAACGACAGUGAUUCCGAUUAGGGAAACUUCAAAACAAGUUUACAUGCUUCUUCUUUUUUUUUUCCCUUAUUUUAAGCAAUGAUGUAAUGGUGGAUUUGACUGAUCUACUAUCGCUAAAAUAUUUUCUUUUAUAUGGGCAAUGUACGUUCCGU